UUCGAGACUUCUUCGUCAUGGAAUCGACUGGGUCUGGAAUCGAUCUAGAUUCUUUGAUUCUAGAUUGAAUUUUGAUUAAUAAUUUAAUACAAUAUCAUCGCUAUUAUUAAGAGAGCCAAUACCCAGAAUUACAGUUUUUGUUCCAUUUCUUGCGAUAAAAUAUACGGUACUUUAUUAUUUUGGUCUAGUAUAUGCUGGUGCGAAAUUAAUAUCCCGGAUGGUAGUUCAGCAGGCUGCAAAGCGCUUGCAGCUUGCCCGAUGCAUGUGAAGAUUGUGAACCGAGUGAGUGACUUCUCUAUCUGAUAUCAGAUUCUUAUCAUUAUCAUGACAUCGCGCAGCAGUGGCAGCACGAAGGCUCCGUUUGUGCACGAAGAAGCUGAUCGUCAACAGCCGAUUAAACUGCCCGUGGAUUUCACUCCGCCAGUCGUCGUUCACGUCUGCAACCCCCGGAUUAACAUUGUGGACGAGCAGAGCGCGCGGAGUCUGCGCUCGGUGCUGCUGGGGAAGGGAGCGACGGAUCGCGACUGCACUUCCAGCUGCCAGCCAGCGCCACCAACGCAAGGGCAGCCGUCGCCCGCGAUCGUCCUUCCUUCCGUCAGCCCUUUGCAGAAUGGGGCGAUGACGGGUGGCGAGAAGGAUCAUCAGGCAGCAGGACCCCCUGCAGGCGUCCCGAGUGUUGUGGCCCGACGCCAAGAGCCCUUCUCCUUCUGGCAGGCAUCCAAGUGGCGCGAUCUGUUUGCAUCGGGCAUGCAGAGCUUACUGCGCAGGAAAGACUCUUUGCCCAGGCAGGAAGAGCGAUCCAGUUCGGUGUCCUCCAUCGCGGGUGCAACUUCUCCGAGCACUGACUCCACUGUGAAGGCAGAUAAACGCUACUCUGGUGAAAUGCAUCAGCGGGUCGCAAAAUCCAACUCGGCAGACGCUGGUCGAGCCAGCCAGGCAGCUGUCAGUGUGGCGCCCGCUGCUGUGCCCCAGCGGAGUGCGCUCGAUGAGGCUGUCUUCUGCGAUGUGGAUUCGCUGAUGACCGAAUCCAGCUCCAGUGACGGCGGUGCGCCUUCGCCACGCAGCGUGUCGGACGUGGAGGAAGACAUGGUCCGCAUUUGCGACGCGGAUAAAAAGUUCACGGGGCCCAAUCCCAGUCGAACUCCGCAACAACCGCUGUUCAAUUCAUCGCGGCCGCCUGCUCGACCAGUUCACCGCGUGUCUUCAUCGUCUGUCAGUGUCUCACGCAACGCCAGAAAUUCCGCAACGAUUAGUCGCUCGCGCUUCCUCCCGAAAAAGGACUCCGUCGUGGAUCUGACGAGGGCGUCCAGUGCAGCCAUCCAGACAUGUUUGAGCGACGGCAGCAUCACGUCGUUGCUUGUGACACCGCCCGGGUCGAACCAGCCGGGCUCCAUGCUGUCCGUGCGUCCAGUCCAGCUCCCUCUGCUGCCUGCCGACCCUCCACUCCCUCUUCGCCGCAGCAUCAGCACCAGCUCCAUCUCCUCCACCGACUCCGAGAGCGCGCCCGCGCCGCCCCUCCCCCAGGCUCCAGUCAGUGCGCCGGGGAAGGCGGGGGAAAUGUUGUUCAUGUGCAAGCUGGUCUCGGACACGCCCAUUGAUCCCUCCAUCCCCAUCGCCACCAUGGACAUCGUCUCCGCACCCGAGCACGUCCGUCGCACGCUCCUGGGUGAUCGUGCCGCUGCAUCGGGAUCAGUCCCAGCUGCCGUGGAGAGGGAGAGAAGGCCUGUGGGAACAACCACCGCGGAAUUCCCUGCGCGAAGAGGAAUUGCGCCUAGCCCAGCGGAACCUAAGCGUUCUGAGUGUACAACGCAGCAGGAGAAACGCUUUCCAAGUGGAGCCGAUGAUCGCUUGACGGCCCUUAGUAAACGGCAGCGUACGGGCUCCUUGGAAGGCCCAAAUGUUUCCGUCCCUUCCGACGCGCGGAAGCCCCUUUCCGGCAGUCUCUCCGUGCCGUCUACGUCAUCCGCGCCCCAAUCGACAGCACGCCAAAUGAGUGCCGAACCGACUGUGCCGAAUCUCAACCAGGGAACCCAGUCGGCAGGACGCCCACACGAGGACCAGCUGCAGGCGGUGAUUGCCAAAAUCUCCAGGAACCACCAGGACUGGCGUUUGGUCAAGGGCGCUCCCAGCAACGGCACAACGGCAACGGCAACGGCAGUCCCGGCCAAGAAGCGCGUGGCCCCCGCGCCGGCCAAGCCGCGGAUCGCGCCGCUGCCGGCCAAGCACCUGGCGCCCCCCAACCUCGACACGGUGCAGCACAAGAACCCCCUGGACCCGCCCACGCGCAUCGCCCACACUCCGUCCUUCGUCAGUGUCCGGCGAGGGGAUAAGCCCGAUAAGGACAAGGGAACGACGAAUACGCUAACGCCGGAAAGCCCCUUGUCUCCUGCAACGCUUAGCGAGCCGUUUUGUACCGACAGAAAUAACCCGAACGAUAAGCGUGAUUCCACGGACACUACUCGAUCUGCAAGUUGUGUUGGUGGUCCGCAACUUCCGGCUACAACAACUACGUUGCAGAGUGAUCCGAUGAUCGGUGCUGAAUCUCGCCAACCCAGCAGUCUCAUUCAACUGGCCCCGACUAAGGAAAAAGCUGGCCUUGGCCUCUUAAAGAAAUCAUCCGUAGCCAUAGCAAAGAAUGGCCCGACGCCGGGCGCGGUGCAUGUUGCGCGGGACUCCCGACGCGUCGCUGGCGCUGGUGCAGCCAGCUCCGUUGCUGCACGUCCCCGCCCCGUUGCUGCUUCAGGCGGCGUGCAGCCUCCUGCCACGCUGCCCGUCACCGCGGCAGUCGACCCCCGCGGCGGAGCGCGCCCUGACGCGGCGCGCUCAACGGACGGAGAGGUGCCGUUCCGCCUGAUCCCCUUCGGCCCGGACCCGGACGCGCCGCGCCCCCGGGGCCCCGGACUGCAGCCGGUGCCCUGGGCCCGCGAGGCGCUGGCGGCCAUUGCCCGUGCCGCCGAGGGCCAUAAGACCAUGCAGCCGGUACCCUGGGCGGGGACCGUCGCUGCCACGGGCUCGGCCUUGGUCGGGGAAUCGGGCUGCCCGGACUCGCCGCAUCCGUCCGAUCCGCGGCUGUCGGGACUGCAGGGUUCGCUGUUCUUCAAGGGACGCCGCGACAGUGCCAACUGAUGAAUAUGAUACUGUCUGUGACCUGUGCCUGCUUCCUCUUGGUCUCCCGAAACGUGUGAUAAAGGCAUAAAGCUUGACGUUUAGAGAACACGUUGAUUCUAUCAUUUCUGUAGGCAGAAUUGAUUGUCGACAUCUGUGUUCGCUUUGAAUUGCUCAGUGCUUCUAAUGUUUUCCACUGUGCGGCGUGUGAUGAGGAUUUUGCUUUCACCAAGAGCCAGUUGUUGUUUUUAUUAGAAAUUUGUUUGUCAAUCUGACGAAGUGAUCAAGAGCUGGACAUUCCUUUU